AUGGCUGCAAUGAAAGGGAAUGAAAGCAAAGCUUUCCUGAACACUGCCUUUACAACCUGGCCUCCUCCUCCUCCUCCCCCAAGCGAUGGAGAUAUUGGAGUAAACGUGGAAGCGACGAUUCUGGGGAAAAACCAGUUCGUAAAACUACGACUAAAGCUAAAAGCACACCUACACCAACCUGUGCAUAAUAAGGAUUGUAAACCAAGUGAUGCAUGCACUCGUAACGGUGGCUAUUGCAUAGAAAAUAGGAAGAAAGGAGACUGCGACGGACUCCUCUUUCCAAAUGAAUGCAUAAAGCCCUUAUGUUCCUGCUGUGUAAAAGUAACUACAGUGAAACUGGAUGAAUGCUCAGCAGGGAACGACACUUGCCCCGCCAACUCAGAAUGCCAGGAUAAAGAAAUAGGCUACGAAUGCGUUUGCAAUGCAGGCUUUGAGCAAUGUGGAGAUACAAAUGAAUGUGACAGCAAUCCCUGUGGGCCAAACUCCCAGUGCCAAAAUACAUUUCGAAGUUAUGAGUGUGUCUGCAACGCUGGGUACGAAUCAGUCAACGGAGCUUGUGCUGAUCACAAUGAAUGUGAUUCGAGUCCUUGUGGUCCCAACGGCGUCUGCUCCAAUAGCCCUGGAAGUUUCAGCUGCAACUGCAGUGCAGGAUACGAUUUCAGUGGGGGAUCUUGUGUGGACAUCGAUGAAUGUUUGAGCAAUCCAUGUCCAGAUGUCUCCGUGUGUACGAACACUCCUGGAAGUUACCUGUGUCAGUGUCCUCCUGGUUACAACUUGACCUCAGGAGCUUGUGUUGAUAUCGAUGAUUGUGCUUCUGUCACUUGCCCUCAGCACCAAUUUUGUAGUGAUAAACUCCUGGGUUAUAAUUGUACUUGCUACGCUUGUGCUGGCUGAACAACGGAUUGUGGAUCCGAUACGACAGAGAAGGAUUUCAAGUUAUGUGUCCAGACAGAUCAAUGGCCUCUUCACGGAUGUUCGUCACCGCUGACGGAUGCAUUGGAACCGCAACCAAAUACACGGUCCGUGGAGUUAGCCCCAUCAUCCGAGAACGAGCUUACUUCACUCAUUUUUCGUGGUCAAGUACUAUCAUCCCAGCCUUACCCCUUCCAUACAAUGCGAAAGUGGCCCAUCAGCUAUCAAAACUAGCUAGUAUAGACCACACAACAAAGGCUUAUCAUGUCGAGGAGGAUCUACGAUUCUACAGGCUGCUGGCUGUGAUGUGCGUGACGGUGGUGGUUCCCAUCACCGCUAACGUAUUUGCUUGGCGUAGGUUGAGGCGAACACGUAUGGAUCAUCAACAGAACGUCGUACCCCGCCCAGACAAUUUUCCUAUUGCCCUCAAAGGGUUUGAUUUUAGAGCAACCUGAAAUUAGCAAUUUCAUUUUGACUCGAAGGAAAGUUGUUUGGAAUUGUGUUUUGUGUGAAAAGCGGUUUGAACACUGGAAAAAUGUAUAACAGGAAACUCCGAGACAUUGCAUUCCAUAUAUAUAAGUAUGAGAAGCUUAAUUAAUCAGUAUCAUUAAAUAUAUAUGGUAGGGCACCUAAUAAGAUCAAUUGAAGCCCUACGUAUCAAUAUAUCAGUGCGUGUACGUACCUGAAAUCUAUAUGUGCACACUUAUCUGAAUUUAUAUCUCAAUUUGGUAACAACUAUUCUUAAACAAGUUACUUAUUAUCAUUAUCAUUUUAUCCAUGUACAUGCUAACCUUUUAUCUUAUCACAUUUUUUGGUACCAUUUAACCACAUAUGCAUUUUAGAAUGUAAUUCUUAUGUCAUGCAAUCAUCAGCAGUACGGCAGUACUUUCUGUUGUGUAUAUAUCCUCAUGACUAACAGUAUAUCAAUACCCAUAAGGUAUGGCAUAUUAGUAUGAUAUCAUAUGCAUUUAUCUUAUACAUGGAUCUUCCAUGCAUUAUUCUUUAAUUAUUCUAUAGAUCUUAUGUAUGUAUUUUUUUUUUACAUAUAAUCUGUUAAAAAUCAUUCCUUAACCACUUGAUGGUAACUAGGACUAACUAUAUAUUCAUAUUAAUAUCUCU